AUGUCAACCGCCAAAGGUUAUCACGAUGCGCUCCUAGCCCUCUCCGGCAAUCCCGUCUUUGCCGCCGCACGAGACACUCUUCUUGCAAGCAUCAGCGACAAGGACCUGCUCGACGUCAUCACCCACGGUCUCAAGACUGGUUCUCCUAGGGAAACUCUUGAUGCCAUUGCGACACGACUACUUGACGGGCUUGCGAGGGCGCGGAACGCCGACGGCGCGGCAGCACAGGUCGAAGGCAGACAUGGCGGGGAUGAUGGCGAUGAUGAUGAUGACAGCGGCGGCGGUGGCGUCCGCAAGAGUGGUCGAGGUGCUAAACCUAAAAAGAAGACAGACGAAGGAACACCGAGAAGAAAACGUGGACCACCCAAACCAGCUAAGACCCCAACAUCGCAAGGAACUCAAUCACCAACUACAAACAAGAAGAGAACGGGAGACUGCCUCAUGCAAGAUGGAAAGAAGAGAAAGGACAUGAGCCCAGAGCCGAUGGACGAUGACGAAGAUUUCUUCAAGGCAGAGGAUACGGAAGAGCUGGAAGUAGUGGAGGUGCCUGCAAAGAAGAUUGUCAAGAAACCUUCCACUGAGGCUCCGGCGACCAACAGCAACACCACGGCAUCUUCGAAUAACGCCACCACAACCGACAGCAACAAAGUCACAAGCUCCGAGGACGAUGCCAUGUGGCAAGAAAUCCAGAAGAACUCCGUGAUGAGGGAUCUGCAACUUGUCGACAGCAACGACAGCGAUGGGAAGCAAGCCGAUGCCAGAGUUUCAGCCUCUCAUAUUACCAAGCCCAUUCGGAUCCCCGACAUCGAAGUCGUUUUCAGGAUACCUGACACGCGACCAGGAAAGAUGAAGCUCUUCCCACUCUCAUUUGUCAAAGAAUUCGUUCGCAGAUUCAACAAAGACUAUCUGGUGGGCGAUAAGAAUAGGAGCGCAUUCCGCGACAUGCUUGACCAAAAGUUUCCAUAUGAUACUUGUGUACACUGCGUCCUGAAUCCGAGGAAGGCUCAAGGAUGCCAUUGUUCGGUCAGGGCCUACAGUCGAGAUUGGGGCAAUGUCUGCGAUGCUUGUCUGGGAGAGGCAACGCUGUGUGCCAGAUUGGAAGAGUGGGCCAAUUAUAAGGAGGGUCAUGCGGCUAAGAAAAUCGUGCUGACGGUAUGUCCGAUUCCUCCCGGUGUACUUGGCGGAGCAGAUUGGCGGAGUAUGCGCUAG